AUGCAAAUUUAAGACAUUAAUUUAAUUGUGAAAAGAAAUUCAUUAAACCAAUCAUAGAUUUAAAGAUAAAAUUUUAUCAAUUAAAUAACAAAAUUUGCUAAGAUUGUAAACUUGUAGAAGGAGCUAAAUUAAAACCUUGGCAAAUUUUGCACAUAAUAUCAAUCCAGUUUCAAAGUAAUUUAAAUAGAAAUAUAAAAGCACUUUAAAAACGAAUAAAUAGAAUUUAUUAAAUUCAACAAAAAUAAUUUUGAAAAAAGCCAAUAAAUAAAUAAAAAUUUGAAAGAAAUAUUCUAAGAUAUAUCUUAAGAAUCUAAAUCAUACAAAUAAUUACUAAAGAAUGAAAUAAUUUAAGGCUUGGAUUAAAAAAACUUAAGCAGAUUUGAUUCAUUAAAUUUACCUAGACUUUUAGGUGGAGGAGGAGUGUGUUUCUCUUCUUCUAAAAAGAAUGAAAUUGAUUUUCCUAAUAAAAAAUAAAAAAAUAUUCACAAAAUUCAUAACUUAAAAAACGAUGAGUUUUUUAAAGAAAAUGGCAAUCAAAAUCAAAAUAUAGAUAAUAGCAAAGAAGCUAAGAGCGAUGGAGAUAAUUAAGAUAUUGACGAUUUCUAAAAGGCAUACAAACAGUAUUUUAACAAAAAUGCAGUUGUAAAUACAAUAAAAAAAAAUUUAAUUGCUUCUUAAGUGAGAAAAAUAAUCGAAAAAGCUAUCUAUGACAAUAGGGAGGAAAUAAUUUAUUAAAAUAUUAGAGAAAAAGUAGUGGAUCUCAUUAAUUUAAUUAUAAAUUAUUUAUUGAUAUCUAUUUAAAACAAUGAAAUAAGAAGUCUUUAAAAUGAUAUUGAUGAUAUAAAUGUCAAACUGAAGCAAAUUUAAAAGUAUUCAUACUAAAAUAGAAAAAUCUAUCCUUGCUUAGAUCUUUAUUUGUAUUUAGAAUUUCUUAUAGCAAUUAACUCUUAAAGGUCUGGUUUGGACACUUUUAAUUAAAGUCUUGCUUCUAAAAUUGCAGAGAAAUUUAUUUAGUUAGCUAAAACAGCAUCAGGGUUUUUAAGCAUAGCUGGAGCAGUGAAAGGAAUUGUUGAAAUAAAAUUAGAAGAUUUAUCUAAAUUCAUUUCAGAGGUUAAAAAUAUUUUUAAAUAGUUAGCUGGUUCUAAAGACAAUAUUCAAAGUUUAGGGAAUGAUGCUAAUUAGUUGUAUGAUAUAUACUAAAAUGGUAGUUUGUUCUAGUAAAUGUACUCUUUAUGGAUAAGAAAAACUCAGAAUUUUGGAAAUAGAUUGCUAGAAAUUAGUUCAAGUGAAGAAAUCAUUUUCUAUUUGAAAGAAAUAUCUGAAAAAAAUAUAAAAAACCAAGAUUUGAUUAAAUUUAUUUACAUGCAAAUAAAUUAUUUAUUAGAAAAAGAACAAAAAAAAGAUAAUUUAAAAAAUUUAUCUAACGAGUUAAAAGAAGAAAAUAAUUUGAUUAUUAGAUUUGUGAAUGAGUUAUUAAUAAAGAAGUAUUCAAAAGAUAUUAUAGAUUAUAUUAAAUAGCUUGCUGAUUUGGUAACUAAUAGUGCAUAAUUUAGGUACUUACAAACAUCUAUUUUACUUAAACUAGCAGUCCUAAUUAAAAAUUUUGAAAUGAAAGAUCAAGAACAUGAAAUCAUGGUUAAUUUAUGCUUAAAAUACAUUGAAGAAAAAGAUGUUUCAGUGAAAAUAGUUUUUAAAAAUAAUCAGCUCAUAAAAGAAUUCAUACAUAGCAUAGAUAAAUAUGAGGAGUUAAUAAUAAAUGAGUAAAAAUAACUUAAAAGAAAUUUAACUAAUUUUGUAGAGGAAGAAAAAAUAAAUUAAAUAUAAGAAAAUAUUUAGGAUAAGUAAGACUUAGUUAAAUAUUUGGCUAAUUCCAUAAUUCAAAUGUGGGAAAUAGGAGUAAAGCAAAGAUAAGAAUAAAAUUAAAUAGCUCAUAAAGAUGAUAUUCUUCUUGAAGCAGUCAAUUUUUAUGUAAAGCAAUAAAUGACAUUUAUUGAUGGUAAAAAUAUAUUUAAAGAAAAUUCUGAUGAGUAAUAAAACCAAAAGGACAGUGUUUCAAAUGAUGCUCUGACCAUGAUCAUAAAAUAUUUUCUCAUUCCUAAUUAUAAGUAUCCUAAAAUUAAGAGCUAAAAUAAUGAGUUUAAUAAUUAAUAAAAAGAUCAUGAUAAUAACAAGAGUUCAGUCAAAAUUAUUUCUAUAUUAGCAGACGGAGGCACAGGAAAGUCUAUGCUUCUAAAAAAAAUAGAAGUAGAACUUAUAAAUAGCGAUUCCGUUUUGGAAAAUUAAAGUUCUACAUUGAUAAGUGAUGAAAGAGCUAAGUAUAUUCCUAUUAUAAUUAAAUGUAAUUCUUUAGAUGCAAACGAGCCUACAAUUGAAAAAUUUUUGGUUAAGCAAAAUUUUUAAAUGGAAUAAAUUGAAUCCCUUAAAAAAUCAGAGCGAAACAAAUUAUUGAUGCUUGAUGGGUACGAUGAGUUUGCUGGUGAGUAUUUUAAAAUUUUUGAGAAGCUUAAGAUUUAUGAAUGGGUAAAUACUCUGGUUAUUGUCACUUCAAGGCUAGAAAAAAUAUCUAUUUCAGAUGCUAGAGUUUAUUUUAAUUACUAUAACGAAGAAGGGAAAUAAGAAAAUUAUGAAUCAUAUGUUUCGAUGCAAUUAGAAAAGUUCACUGACUCUGAUAUAAAAGAUUAUUUUAAUAAAUUUGAGUAAAUCUCUAAAAUUACUCAUUAAAAUUAAAAAGAAAUCCAAAAAAUUAAAGAAGUCAUUUUCUAAAAUAACAAUUUAAUUGAGCUUGUAAAACUUCCUGUUAAUUUGUAUCUAACAACAAGAAUGCUGAACGACUUGGACUUAAAAGAUGAUAAAAUUUUUAAAGAUCUGAAAUAAGCUUCGGAUUAAGUUGAUAUUCAAGAGUUAUUCUUCCAAUAAUAAUUCUCAAAAAAAUCAAAAGAUUUUACAUAAAAAUUAAAAAUUAAAGAAAAAAUAAAGCAAAAUAAUAUUGAAAAUUUAAUUAAACAAACUUAUUUCGAGUAUUUAUAAAAUAUUGCCAUGCAUAUGUUUUUGUAGAAAAAAAAUAAAUCAAAUUUUCUUUCUACAAAUAGAAAAGAAAUUCAUUUUGAAAUCAAAAAUGAAAUUGAUAAAUUUUUAGAUAAAGACUAAAUGGAACAGUUAAAGAUAUAAUUGAAUUAAUAUGUGGAUUCUAGAGUUAUUACUAGAAUGUAUUUAUCUAAUUAAAUAAAUAGUGAAGCUGAGAAUAAUUAAAAUUUGGAUUUUGAAUUUAGACACAAGUCUAUCUUUGAGUAUUUUGCAGCGAGAGCCAUGAAGUAUGAUUUUGAUUUGUAUUAGGAAAGCAUCUAUAAAUUACCUUUGGACAAGCUUGUAUCUUUCAAUAUAAAUUAAACACUUAUAAUGAAUAUUGGAUAUAAUAAAUCUGAACAAUAGAUUCUCUUAAAACUUUUUAAAUUGAUAGAUCAUAGCAAAAAUGUUUGUAACUAUUAGGAGAAUUAUACUUCUGAAGAUAUAAAAUAAAAUAAUCGUUAUUUCUAAUACAUAAGGCGAUCUUAAAUAGAUCAAUAUGAUCAUGUUAGUAAAAUAGAUAUGGGAGCUUCGAAUUUGCUUUCAGCACUGUUCGUUUCCAGAUUUGCAUUUGAUAACUUAACUCUUAGAAAAUGUUCUUUUUCUAAGGCAUACAUUUCUUACAAAAAUAACAAAAGAAUUAAUUUUGAUGAGUGUAAUUUAAAUAAUGCCUUGCUUAAAAAAGUAAAUCCUUAAAGUAUUGAGUCUUCCAUGACUUAAGAUUCAAUUUUUGAUUCUUAUUAAAAAAUAUUUAGCUCUGAUAACUUUUAAAAUUUUAAGAAAAUAAUUUACGAUAAAGAAAGGUUAAUUUCAAUAAAUGAUAAUGGAUAUAUCAAUAGCUUCGAGCAGUCUCCAGAAGAUCAAAAAUAUAAUAUAGCUCUCUCUAAAAAGAUUACAAAUUUUAUUUUAAAUGAAAUCAAAAUUUAUGGAGAAAACUAAUUAGUAGUUUCAUCCUUGUCAACUUUGUUUUUGAUUGAUUCUAUUCAUUUUUCAAUAAAGAAGCUGAAGAAAUUCGAUAAAAAUAAUAUUUUAAAUUUUGAUUGUUAAAACAAAAAUUUAUUAAUUUAGCUAAAUAAUAAGAAUUAUUAUGGUAAUUUUGAAUAAGAAUUUAAAGAAGUAGAUUUUUGUGGGUAACUUUCAAAGCUAUCUACAAAAUGUGAAUUUAUUGCUGCUUCAGUGAAUAAUCAAUUGAUGAUAUAUCAAAUUUAAAAAGAUUUUUAAAAAUUAAAAACUUUAGAGGGUCAUUCUGAUAAAGUCAAUUCAAUUGAAUUUUAAGAGGAUGGAAAAUUUAUGAUUUCCGCUUCAAAUAAGGAUGGAUUUGAUCUUUUGGAGUUUAGAAAUAGAGAUGGAAGAUAUAUAGCUACUGGAUAUGUUGAUAAAUUUUAUAAGAUAUGGAAAAGAAUUGAUAAAGAAGUUGAGCUUAUUGGAAAAAUUGAAGAAGAAAAUAAUUAAAUACUGUCAAUUGCUUUUGCAGAGAAAAGGGAUGUUGUUGCUGUUGGAUCAAAGGUAAAUUGUAAAAUUCUAAAUAUGUAAAACAAACUUGAAUAAAUGUAAGUAAUUGAAUGUCAUGGUAAAAAAAUAUCUUCAGUCGUCUUUUCUCCAAACGGAUAAUAUAUAGCUACAGGCUCAACAGAUACUACUUGUAAAAUAUGGAAAAUAAAUAAUUAAGGUUUCAAGCUAUUCAAAAAUUUAGAAGGUCAUAGUGGUGAAGUGUCUUCCAUAGCUUUUUCAUCUGAUAGUAAAUAUUUAGCUACUUCUUCUUAUGAUAAAACUGCAAAGAUUUGGGAUUUAGAAAGAUAAUUUUUGCUAAUUCACACUAUUUAGGGUCAUUCAAGAGAAAUAACUUAGCUUGCAUUUUCAAAGGAUAACAAGUAUUUGGCUACAGUUUCAUAUGAUAAAACAUGCAGAAUUUGGAGUUGUUAAAAAGAUUUUCAAUAAAUAAAAGCUAUCCAAGAUUAUACAAGAGAGGUAACUACAGUAGCUUUCUCUGAAGAUAGCAAAUAUUUGGCAACAGGUUCAUAUGAAAAGACUUGCAAAAUAUUUGAUAUAGAAAGAGAUUUUUCAUUAUUAAUAACUCUGUAAGACCAUACUUCUAUUAUAGCCUAGGUUAAAUUUUCUAAAGAUGGAAGAUAUCUUGCAACUUGCUCCUAUGAUAAUACUUGCAAAAUUUGGAGUGUAAAAAAUGAAUUCCAUUUAGUUAAAACUAUUGAUGGGCAUAAAGAAAUAGUGUAUUCAAUAUCUUUUUCUGAAGAUUCUAAGUACCUCGCAACUGGUUCUAAGGAUAAAACUUGCAAAGUUUGGGAUAUUGAAAAACAAUUCAAAUUAGCAAAUACCAUUUAACGAGAAAAUGAAGAAGUUACUUCUUUAAGUUUUUCAAUAGAUAACAAGUAUCUGGCAAUUAGCUCAUUUAACAUUUUAAAUAUUUACAAUGCAGAAAAUAGAUUAGAGUCAAUCAAUCAAAUAGAAGGUCAUUAAGAAGAAAUAACUGCAAUGGCCUUUUCUAACGACUGCAAAUAUCUAGCAACAAGUUCUUUAGAUCAAACUUGCAAGAUAUGGAAUAUCGAAAACAGAUUUGAAUUACAAAAAGUAAUUUAAGAUCACACUGAUAUGAUAACAUGCGUUGCAUUUUCAAACGAUAAUAAAUAUCUUGCUACUUCUUCUUUUGAUUAGACAUGUAGGAUAUGGGAUACUUAGAAAGGAUUUGUAUAAGCUAAUAUAAUUUAAGGCGAAACAGAGUACGUGUAUUUUGUUGCCUUUUCUCCUGAUUGUAAACACCUUGCUAUUGGCUAUAUGGAUUAUUAUUGUUAAGUUUUAGAUAUUUAGGAAGGAUUCAAACUCAAAUAUACACUUGAAGAUGAAGCCUAUAAUGUAGCAUCUAUGUCUUUCUCUGAUGAUGGAAAAUACUUCUCUACAGGAUCAGAAGAUAAUACAUGUAAAAUAUGGGACUCAAAUAAUAAUUUUAAUCUUGUACAUACAAUAAAAGGUCAUGAGAGCUUUGUGAACUCUGUGUGUUUUUCUCCAGACAGUAGGUACUUGGUAACAGGUUCUUUAGAUAAAACUUUUAAGUUAUGGAAUGCGAAAAAAAAUUUUGAGCUUAUUCAUACAAUAGAAGUUAAUAGCAUUUAUAUAGUACUAGCAUGCUUUUCUAAAGACAGCAGAUACUUACUUACAAGCUCUGAAGGUAGCACUUGCGAAGUUUUGGAUGUUGAAUAAAAUUUUAAAUUAGUUUAUACAAUUGAAGGAAAUAAUAAUGAAAUUAAUUCUAUCAGCAUUUCAUCAGAUGGCAACUAUCUCGCAAUAGGUUCAUAAGAUAGUACAGGUAGAAUAUUGGAUUUAAAAAAUGCGUUCUUAUAAAGGUGUCAUAAAUACAAUAUCACAAAAGGUUUUAUUGAAUUAAAAGAAAAUCAAAUUAAUGGAUCAAUAGUGAAAUAAUCUCAUCAAUAAGAAUUGUUUGAAAAUAUUUACAUAUUUUGA